UUUCAGCAUGACUUGCAAAGAGAGUCUUGGGCAUUAUACGCACUGGGUACAGUGGUUAUUGCUCUCCGCAUAAUCAGGAAGCUUGGUAUUCGGCAUCUGGAAUUCGAUGACUACCUAAUUCUGGUGGCUGCUGUCUUUUACACACUCCUGAUUUUGACGUUAAAUCUCACGGCUCAAGGUGGUGGUUCCGCACUUGCUAUGCCAGGAGAAGAUGUUUCCGCACUCACAGCAAAACAAGUCAAAGAGAGGCAAAGAGGAGCCAAAAUUGAUCUGGUUGCAGAACAAGCUAUGCUGAACGUUAUUUGGAUCUUGAAAGUAUGCACUUUGAAGCUAUAUGGCCGUCUCACGAUGGGCCUGAAACAGCAAAUAGCAGUCAAAAUACUUGCCAUAUACACUGCCAUUGGCUACGUAGCGUGUCAGCUGGCUUACUUUCUCGAGUGUCGGCCAUUCUCUUCAUAUUGGCAGAUCUCUCCUUCUCCACCACUAAAUUGCAUGGUGUUGUUCGACUACGCAAUAGUUCAGGCAACUUUCAACAUCUCAUCGGACGUCUUUAUGCUCAUCAUUCCUUUUCCCCUUAUCAUGCAAGUCUCUAUUGGUGUCAAACAAAAGCUUUGUGUUUUCUCAAUGGGCAUCUUUGUCAUCAUCGCAGCCACCCUCACAAAAGCUGAGUUCUUCAAAUCGGUUUACGCAGAGGAUUACAUGUUCUGGUAUACGAGAGAAGCCUCGGUAGCCGUCUACGUCUCGAACUUACCUUGCGUCUGGCCUCUUCUACGCGAAGCGCUACCAGCACUCAAAAGUUGGACACCCGGCUUUAUCAGCAGCUCGGCCUACAAACGACGUGGCGCCAGCACGACAGGUCUCACAGCCCGUACCCGUACACGCAACACACAAAAGAGCAAUCUGGGACUGUCCAGAAGGUCAAUGGAUGAUUUCCAUGCCAUCAUUGAACCCACAAGGCCACAAGAGGCCAAGACAACCACGAAUGUGCACACAAGGGAGAUUCUGCCUUACAGCCAUCAUAUACGCAGCACGAAUCGGGGCAGCAGUAGCGAGUCAAGCGUCGACGAUUUGCCUAUGCAUGGCAUCAUGACAUCGACGACGAUUGAGAUGUCAGUCAUGGCUUCUGAUCGCAAAGAUGAUGGCCGUGAUGAUGCUUCUCAAUCUUCGACACGUGCGUUUGCUCAUGACCUCGAGCAAGGACUACCGCAUGCGCAC